AUCAAGAACCACCAAGCAUCCUACCCUACAUCACACGCAAACAUACUACAUACAACCCCAAACGCAACCAACCCACACACACACAUACAAUAACUGGUCACGAAGAAAUGAGCCAUCUCCCCCCGCCUCGGAAUAGUACUUCGACCAUCAACCAAUCCAACGAGAGACAGGCCGACCCAGAAGAGUUUUACGUCAGACAGGACAGAAUCGGCAAAGGCAGCUUCGGUGAAGUGUUCAAGGCGUUCGAUAAACGGACCAGGAAACCAGUCGCCAUCAAGGUUAUCGACCUCGAAAGUGCGGAAGAUGAGAUUGAAGACAUCCAACAAGAAAUCGCUAUCCUCAGUCAACUAGACUCAUCCUACGUAACCCGCUAUCAUGGCUCUUAUCUCAAGGGAACCAGUCUUUGGAUCAUCAUGGAAUACUGCAGUGGGGGUAGUUGUAGUGAUCUGAUGAAACCGGGCGUGUUUAGAGAAGAAUACAUCGCGAUUAUCCUCAAGGAACUUCUUAAAGGACUGGAUUAUCUACAUCAAGAGGGAAAACUACACCGUGAUAUCAAGGCUGCCAAUGUCUUGUUGAGCUCAACAGGCGAGGUCAAGUUGGCCGAUUUCGGUGUCAGCGGUCAACUGACAGCAACGAUGACCAAGAAGAACACCUUUGUAGGAACACCCUAUUGGAUGUCACCUGAAGUCAUCAAGCAAUCCGGUUAUGACUCUAAAGCGGAUAUCUGGUCCCUUGGUAUCACCGCUAUCGAACUAGCAAAGGGAGAACCACCUUACGCAGAUCUCCACCCGAUGAAAGUCCUCUUCUUGAUCCCUAAAAACCCGCCGCCGGUCCUCGAUGGACCCGAAUUCAGCAAGACUUUCAAAGAUUUUAUAAGUGAAUGUCUCAAGCGGGAUCCGAAUGCCCGACCGAGCGCAAAGGAGCUGUUGAAGCAUAAGUUUAUCAGGAAUUCAAAGAAACCAAGCUAUCUGACAGAAUUGAUCGAACGUUUGGAACGAUGGAAGAUCGAGGGCGGCCAUCAGAAUAAGAUCGCGGGUCAAAACAAUGAUCAUGAGGAUGGUGAUCAAGCUCACGACGAUCACUCAACACCGAACGAUAUGUGGGACUUUGGUACGAUCAAGAAAGGGACCACCAGAAGAUUACCUCCCGGCCCAUCUCAAAACCCUGGCGCAGCCUCAUCAUCUAAACCCAAUCCUCAACGCUCUCAGCAACCACCACCACCCGCUGGCGUCAUUCAACGAGACUAUGGUGCUGAGCCCAAGUUCGAAACCGUUCGACAUACACUUCCUCCAACCAGCCCCCCAGAUUCACGUCCUAGCAAGCCCAAGAAAUCACCGGGUCAGAAGAAGAAGAAAGCUCCAGCCUCCGAACCCUCUGGGGACAAGCCUCAACCGAGACGAAAGUCCAGUCAAGCUCACUCUGGCGUGCCCGGCUCGGAAGGUCUAGGAGUUCAAGUUGAAUCGGCACAUCACAGAGUUUACAAUGGCAGUGGUGGCCAACAUUCACAAGAUAUCCGAAGCAGUAGAGAGUUUCCUAGAAGUCAACCAGCGCCUCUUUCCGCUAAUAAUAUCGCUGCUCAGAUCGGCAACGGCAAAGGAAGUAUCCGCGCCAAGCAUCCACCCGCCUCCAGUGACACUCAUCAAGGCAGUACCUCGAAGCGACCCCCGAACGGCCGUCAGAAGGAACCUGCCCAUCGUGCUGACCAAUAUCGCGACCCGAGCCUGGCCGAACGACGAGACCCGCAACCGUCGAGCUCUAAGAAUCACAAGAAAACUCAUCCCGAACACGAUCGGGAUACUCAGCAAGCCCAUCAUCAUCAUCACCAUCAUCAAGACUCAGCUGAGGAUGAGAGUCCUCAUGCUGAGGGCGAGGAAGAAGAUGAGGAUCAAGAGGGUGUUGGAGAGAUCUUGGAUACAGUAGUGAUUCCAGUCAUCCAAUCCAUUCGAGAGAGGAUCAAAGGGAAUGCAGCGGCUGUCGCGGCAAUCGACAAGUUCCAAUUGGCCAUUGAGACCGCCGAACGUGAAGUACCCGGCUUGCUCAACGUGUUUGUCUCCGAGGUUGUCGAUUCGGUUGAACAGGUCGACAACGACGUGGUAGACUCUUGAGACCCCUAUACUCUUUUGGAUUCCUCUCCCGCAUUUUUUUUUUUUUUUUGGCUCUCUCCUUACUCUCUUCAACCCACUUACAUAUCACCUUCGUUUUUUUAUUCUAGUUUAGUUUAGUUUGGCUUGGUUCCAAGAAAAAUUUCAUCAAAUUGGUUGUUGUUGUUGUUCUUUUUUUUCACUCAUCCUGAUCUUCUUCUCAUUAUUUAUUGGUUGAUUAAUAACAACAUCAUUUUUUUUUUUUUGAUUCCUUGAGUUUUUUUUUACAUACUAUAAAUAAUAAUAAUACAUAUAGGUCAUAUAAGUUCCUCCCCUGAUCAUGUAAUUAGAGAUAAUGUAUGUGUGUCCACCAUGAUGUGUGUGUAUCCAAAGACUUGUCUAAAAAAAUGAAAGAUUGGUUUUAGUAUGUGUGUUCUCAUUGAAUUCCUGUUUUUUUAACAUCCAAUUGUUGUGCAUUUGAAUCCUAAAAUCACCAUAUGGAA